CAUAGGCUAUCUGAGGUUGCGCAGCUGAUCGAGACCGCACCCACAUGGAGUCUGGACCCAAGGUUGUGCUCGGCAAGUACGAGCUCGGCCAUGUUCUGGGCCGUGGCACGUUCGCGAAGGUCUACCAUGCCGGAUCUCUCAUCAAUGGCGCGACUGUCGCUGUAAAGGUCAUCGACAAGUGCAAGAUCAAGAACACUACCAUGGAACCACGCAUCGUUCGUGAAGUGUCUGCCAUGCACCGUCUCAGCCACCCCAACAUCAUCAAGCUUCAUGAAGUCAUGGCUACCAAGUCCAAGAUAUACUUGGUCAUGGAGCAUGCAAGUGGGGGAGAUUUAUUCUCCCAGAUCAUGCAGCAUGGCCCACUAUCAGAGCCGAUCGCACGACGAUACUUCCAACAGCUUGUCUCAGCCCUUCAUUUUUGUCACUCUAAUGGUGUGGCCCACCGAGAUGUUAAGCCCCAGAAUCUACUACUAGAUGAGUAUGGGAAUUUGAAGGUGACUGAUUUCGGCCUAUCGGCACUUCCUGAGCAAUUGAAGGACGGGCUCUUCCACACGGCGUGUGGCACGCCGGCCUACACCGCGCCUGAGGUUGUUAGGAGGAAGGGCUAUGAUGGAACCAAAGCAGAUGCGUGGUCAUGUGGAAUCAUUCUCUUUCUACUGCUUGCUGGCUACCUCCCCUUUGAAGAUUCUAACAUUGCAGUAAUGUACCAAAAGAUCUAUGGGAGGGAAUUUAAAUUCCCGACAUGGUUUUCUAAACCGGUGCGACGGGUGAUCUCACGGCUCUUAGAUCCACACCCGCAGACUAGGAUGUCGAUCGACGCCUUGAUGCGAGUUGCCUGGUUCAAGAAAUCUUACAAAGCGAAUUACAUGAAUCCUGACUUGUUACUUCACGAUAAUCGACCUAACUUCUGCAUGCUGCAAAAGGACGGCCAAUUCAAUCUUGAGGAUGGCGCGCCUGUCAUGACUGCUUUUGAUUUGAUAUCAUUGUCUUCGGGUUUAGAUCUAUCAGGGCUCUUUGAGAGGGGAAAGAAGAGGGAGAAGCGAUUCACGUCUACUAAGCAUGCUAAAGAUAUUUUAGAAAAGUUUGAGAAGAUUGGAGGGAAAUUAGGUUAUAAGGUCGAAAGAAGAAAAGUCGGGUGUGUCGUGCUGUUAAAAAAUCAAUUAGUUUUAUCAGUCAACCUAUCAGAGGUGGUGCCGGGAGUUUUAUUCGUGGAAAUCAAAGCAUCAGGUAAUGAUGUAGCGGAUUUUGAGGAGUUUUACUGGGAAGAUUUGAAAGCUGGAAUUCAAGAUUUGGUUUUAGCUUGGCACAAUGAAAGUGUUUGAUCAUGGUUGAAAGACUUGUCGGGCCUUGAGGACUUGUCGGGCCUUGAGUCGAAUCUUGGCUUGCUCGAGUCACAGAGACUCGACCAGAUGAAUAGUUAUAUAUAUCAAAACCGGAUUGGGCUAACAACAUGGGCUUGCCUUCGCCCAAGCUAUUUUGAAAUACCGUGCUGCAUGGAGCAUGGGCCAGUCCGAACGGUCUCCUUUUGGAAAAAAUGGGUUGAGUUACAUAGGAAAUAGGUUGGUUUGUAACAGUGAUUCAUUUGUAUAUAUGAGUCUGAUAUAUUGUAAUGGUGCUCCAUUAGCACCCAUUUUUUUAUUCAUUGAUUUUCAUCGAAA